CUUGAGAGUGGAGCGGAGGGACGAGAGGGUGGAGCGGAGUGCGUGGCGGGCGGGUCCCCCGAAGCUCGAGGAGUCGCCGUGAAGCCCGCGCGCGCGCUUGCCUCCGGCGCGCCGAUCUGGGCUGAACUAACCAGCUCUGCUUUGGAGAAGGGGCUGGAGCCCCGCCACCGGCGCCUUGGGGCAACGGCCGUCGAGCAGCUGGUGCUGGCCGCCCGAGCCGGGAGGGCGACUCUCGCCGGGCGGGGAUGGUGGACGAGCCGGUGGGGACUCGCCCGAGCGCGGCCGCCACUCCGCCGGGCGCUGCCCGCCAGGGGGCGACGCCACGCGGGGUCCGCAGCCGGCGACCCGCAGCGAAGAGGCGGCGGGAGCCGUAGGGGAGCCGGUCGGGCACUCACGGAACUCCGCUGGCCCCCAGAGUCUCCCGAGUCCACCAUCCGAGGAGUUCGGAAACGAGCGCCCCACCUUUGCUAUGUUGCCCUUUGGAGACAAAACGAGAGACAUGGUCAACGCAUGGUUUUCAGAGAGAGUUCACAACAUCCCUGUGUGUAAGGAAGGCAUGCGAGCCCAUACCGAGUCCUGCUCUUGCUCUCUGCAGCAAAGUCCUCAUGCAGAUAAUACCACCCCUGGAGCACCAGCCAGAAAAAUAUCUGCCUCUGAAUUUGACCGACCUCUUAGACCCAUUGUUGUCAAGGAUUCCGAGGGAACAGUGAGCUUUCUCUCUGACUCAGGAAAAAAGGAGCAGAUGCCACUAACCCCGCCAAGAUUUGAUAGUGAUGAAGGGGACCAGUGCUCAAGACUCUUGGAGCUAGUAAAAGAUAUAUCCAGUCAUUUGGAUGUCACAGCAUUGUGCCACAAAAUUUUCUUGCAUAUCCAUGGACUCAUCUCUGCGGAUCGCUAUUCCCUGUUCCUUGUCUGCGAGGACAGCUCUAAAGACAAAUUCCUCAUCAGCCGCCUCUUUGAUGUUGCUGAAGGUUCAACACUGGAGGAAGCUUCAAAUAACUGUAUCCGUUUAGAGUGGAACAAAGGCAUUGUGGGACAUGUGGCAGCUUUUGGUGAGCCCUUGAACAUCAAAGAUGCCUAUGAGGAUCCCCGGUUCAAUGCAGAAGUUGACCAAAUUACAGGCUACAAGACACAAAGUAUCCUUUGUAUGCCAAUUAAGAACCACAGGGAAGAGGUUGUUGGUGUAGCUCAGGCCAUCAACAAGAAAUCAGGAAAUGGUGGGACCUUCACUGAAAAAGAUGAAAAGGACUUUGCGGCCUACCUGGCAUUCUGUGGUAUUGUUCUUCACAAUGCUCAGCUCUACGAAACGUCGCUGCUGGAGAACAAAAGAAAUCAGGUGUUACUUGACCUUGCGAGCUUAAUCUUUGAAGAGCAGCAGUCCCUGGAAGUCAUUCUGAAGAAGAUCGCUGCCACUAUCAUCUCCUUCAUGCAGGUGCAGAAGUGCACCAUCUUCAUUGUGGAUGAAGACUGUCCUGACUCUUUCUCUCGUGUGUUUCACAUGGAGUGUGAGGAAGUAGGGAGACCCUCCGAUCCUUUAACGAGGGAGCAAGAUGCAAACAAAAUCAACUACAUGUAUGCCCAGUAUGUCAAAAACACGAUGGAGCCACUUAAUAUCCCAGAUGUCACCAAGGACAAAAGAUUUCCCUGGACAAAUGAAAACAUGGGACACGUGAACACGCCCUGCAUUGGAAGUUUACUUUGCACCCCUAUAAAAAACGGGAAGAAGAACAAAGUCAUAGGCGUUUGCCAACUUGUUAAUAAGAUGGAGGAGAAUACUGGCAAGAUUAAAGCUUUCAACCAAAAUGAUGAGCAGUUCCUGGAAGCCUUUGUCAUCUUCUGUGGCUUGGGGAUCCAGAACACACAGAUGUAUGAAGCAGUGGAGAGAGCCAUGGCCAAGCAGAUGGUGACAUUAGAGGUCCUGUCUUACCAUGCAUCAGCGGCGGAGGAAGAAACAAGAGAGCUCCAGGCUUUAUCGGCUGCUGUGGUACCAUCGGCCCAAACCCUUAAAAUUACCGACUUCAGCUUCAGUGACUUUGAGCUGUCUGAUCUGGAAACAGCACUGUGUACAAUUCGGAUGUUCACUGACCUCAACCUUGUGCAGAAUUUCCAGAUGAAACAUGAGGUUCUUUGCAGGUGGAUUUUAAGUGUGAAGAAGAAUUAUCGGAAGAACGUUGCCUACCACAAUUGGAGGCAUGCCUUUAACACGGCACAGUGCAUGUUUGCUGCUCUGAAAGCCGGCAAGAUCCAGAACAAGUUGACGGAUCUGGAGAUCCUUGCGUUGCUGAUUGCUGCUUUAAGCCAUGACUUGGAUCAUCGUGGCGUGAACAACUCAUACAUACAGCGGAGCGAGCACCCGCUGGCUCAGCUGUACUGUCACUCCAUCAUGGAACACCAUCAUUUUGACCAGUGUUUGAUGAUUCUAAACAGCCCAGGCAACCAGAUUCUCAGUGGCCUCUCCAUUGAAGAAUAUAAAACCACAUUGAAAAUAAUCAAGCAAGCAAUUUUAGCCACAGACCUAGCACUGUACAUUAAGAGACGAGGAGAAUUUUUUGAACUUAUACGAAAAAAUCAAUUCAGUUUUGAAGAUCCUCUUCAAAAGGAGUUGUUUCUAGCAAUGCUGAUGACAGCCUGCGACCUCUCUGCGAUUACUAAACCCUGGCCUAUUCAACAACGGAUAGCAGAACUCGUGGCAGCUGAAUUCUUUGACCAAGGAGACAGAGAGAGAAAAGAACUGAACAUGGAGCCGGCUGAUCUAAUGAACAGAGAGAAGAAAAACAAAAUCCCAAGUAUGCAAGUUGGGUUCAUAGAUGCCAUCUGCUUGCAGCUGUAUGAGGCCCUGACCCACGUAUCCGAAGACUGUUUGCCCUUGCUGGAUGGCUGCAGGAAGAACAGACAGAAAUGGCAGGCCCUGGCGGAGCAGCAGGAGAAGAUGCUCCUUAACGGGGAGAGCAGCCAGGGCAAGCGGGAAUGACUGAUGCCUCCCUCAGCCCCACACCCCUCCCCGUAUACAAACUGCCACAGGCCUGGUUUCCCAGUCCACUAUGCAGACUUGAGUGCACUUUGCCACUGCUGUAUUUUAUUUUUUGCACAACUUUGGAGAGCGUGAAGUGUUUCAGAGAUUGCUACCUACUUUCCAUCCUUUUGUGUUAUGCCACUGAAGUGGAGCGAUCAAGUCAUGCCCACUCUAACGCGUUUGAUGAGGAUGGUGGAAACGGCGAGUCUACACUCAGCUUGGUCAUGCUCGGGGAUUAUAAAUACUGGCCUUUGUGUUUCUGAGUCACCACUCUUUUAAAACACCUUAGGAAUAGUUCUGAAAAGUGGGUUAGGGGCAAAGUGAAUGUGUUCGGGGACAUUGAAAGCCAUCCUGAAAAUUAAUGCUGACCGAGUGGGUGUUAGGGAGAAAUUAAUAUAAACUUGUCAGAAGUGUCUUAACCAAGUUAAAGAAUUGGGAAACAAGAAAACGUGGUACCUAAUUGCUCUGCUCUUUCUGGGAUGGAGAGAACUUGAAGUACAUCCCAUCUAUGUGGUAGAACAAACUUAAGCUGCAAACCAUCCAUGCAGCCGCCCUCUUCAGCAAGCAGUCUCCCCACUGCGUCUAAACCCCAGGCCAGAUGAUUCCCCUCCCCCAGCUGUCCCAAGAGAGACAUGGGAGGGCCCUGGAUAGCCCUCCGCCAAGAGAAAUGUUUUACUUGAAGAUCUUUCUGACAAUCCACGUUUUUAAAUACUGAAAACUUUUAAAACUAUUUUUUUGGGGGGCGUUGGUUUUUUUUCGAGACA